AUGGAGGAAGUCGACAGUGUCUUAAUCGAUAACGUUAAAUCCUUCGGUGCCGGAGGCUUCGGCGGUGUGUGUGCCGUUUUGACCGGCCACCCCUUUGACUUGGUGAAAGUUCGUUUGCAAACUGGAGUCUACAAGUCUACAGCUGAGUGCCUCAAAGGCACAUUAGCUAAAGAUGGUGCUCUUGGCUUCUACAGAGGUGUUUUGCCUCCUUUGUUGGGAGUCACUCCCAUGUUUGCAGUUUCUUUCUGGGGUUACGAUUUGGGAAAGAAAAUCGUUGGUUCUUAUACUGGUAAGAAGGCGGAGGAGUUCACUGUGGGACAAACGUCUGCUGCUGGUUUCAUUUCUGCUGUGCCAACGACUUUAGUGGCUGCUCCCUUUGAAAGAGUCAAGGUAAUGAUGCAGGUUGCUGACGGUAAAAAAAGCUCGAUGGGUGCUGUUAUUGCUGAGAUGUAUAGAACAGGUGGCAUCAGAUCCAUUUUUAAGGGCUCUGCUGCUACUUUGGCUAGAGACGGUCCUGGUUCUGCGCUCUACUUCGCUACUUACGAGAUUUUGAAGGAGAAGUUAUCCACUCCAGGCAAAGACUUGUCGUUGGGUGCCAUUUCUAUUGCUGGUGGUUUCGCUGGUGUGGCCAUGUGGCUUGGUGUUUUCCCCAUUGACACCAUUAAGUCUACUCAGCAGUCGUCCAACGUCAGCAUUUCAAUUGCUACCGCGACCAAGCAGAUCUAUGCCAAGGGCGGCAUCAAGGGCUUCUUCCCUGGCGUGGGACCUGCUUUGGCCAGAUCCUUCCCAGCGAAUGCUGCCACUUUUGUGGGUGUGGAAGUUGCCAAAAACUUCUUUGAGAAGCUUUGA